GUGCUGCUGCGUCAAGCACAAGGGUCAAGACUCAAGUGUAGUGAAGAAGAGCCCAGACUCCAGAGUUUUAAAAUUAAAGGUUAGAGAGAAGAUGAUAUUGGUGGCGAUAGUGGCGGAGCUACUGGAGGAGUACACUGUGCUUCUGGCCAGGGUAUUAGAGCAAAUGUUUCACGAUGCCCCCUUUCCCAGGCGUAUGCGUUUCCUCAUUCUCCGUAAUCUUCCUUUCGUUUCCCUCACGCCUCGCCCUCGUAUGAUCCGAGCCUCUGCUUAGCCUUCUCUCUGUCUCUCCCUAUUUCUCAUGUUUACCUUUUUCCGUUCUUUCUGCGAUUUUUGAUCUUGUAUGUAUAUGAGCAUUUUUCUUUAUAGCUUUUAAUCUCAACCAUUCUGUAAUAUUAAACGAAUUUUAUCUCUUUCUUUUGUUUU